AUGAGUAAGAGAGUUGAAGGAACUGCAAUUGGAAUUGAUCUUGGAACAACAUACUCUUGUGUGGCAGCCUGGUUUGAUAAGCACAAUCGUGUUGAGAUCAUUCCUAAUCAACAAGGUAACAAAAUUACUCCUUCAUGUGUUGCUUGGGAUGACAUUCAAAUGCUAGUAGGUGAUGCUGCAAAAAAUCAAAUCACCAGGAACCCUAAGAACACUGUUUUUGAUGUUAAACGUUUAAUGGGAGCUCGAUUCUGUGAUGGUAUAGUGCAAAAAGACAUUGAUACAAGGCCUUUCAAGGUGAUUGAAGGGUGUGAAGGGAAGCCUGUUAUUGUAUUUGAACAUGAGUCAUCAGAACAGAAGAAGUUUUCACCAGAAGAAAUUUCUUCAAUGAUUCUAAGAAAUUUGAAGGAAGCCGCUGAAGCAUACUUAGGAACAACAGUUACUGAUGCAGUCAUAACUGUUCCUGCAUAUUUUAAUGAUAAGCAACGCCAAGCAACUAUGGAUGCUAGUGUGUUAGCGGGCCUUAAGGUCAUGCGUUUGAUCAAUGAGCCAACAUCAGCAGCAAUCGCCUACGGUCUAGACAAGAGUGCUGAUAUAAUUUGUCCUGAAGAGAAAAAUGUGUUGAUAUUUGAUUUGGGUGGAGGAACCUUUGAUGUAUCCCUUCUCAAGAUCGCCAAGGAAUGUACCAUUACCGUUAAAGCAGUGGGUGGGGAUACUCACCUGGGCGGCGAAACUUUUGACAAGUUGAUGGUUGAUCUUUGUGUUGAAAUCUAUAAAAAGAAAGAAAAGAAAGAUGUGAGUAAGAAUGCAAGAGCAAAGAUGAGGUUGAAAAUCGCUUGUGAAAAAGCCAAGAGGGAUUUGUCAUCCACAGUACAAAUGCCGAUUGAAAUUGAUUGCUUGUACGAGGGAAUUGAUUUCUCAACGAAAUUAAGCAGAGCAAAAUUCGAUGAGAUUAAUGCUGGUUUCUUUAACAUGUGCAUUAAACAUGUGGAAAAUUGUUUGAGAGACGGAGAUAUGCAAAAGAGCGAUGUUGAUGACGUGGUUAUUGUCGGUGGGUCGACAAGGAUUCCCAAGUUGCAACAAAUGCUAACCGAGUUUUUUGAUGGAAAACCACUUUGCAAGAGCAUUAAUGCGGAUAAAGCUGUCGCUUACGGUGCUGUAGUGUUGGCUGCAAACUUAAGUGGUUAUGGAAACAAAAAGGUGAAGGAUUUUGUGCUAUUAGAUGUGACCCCUCUUUCUCUUGGCAUCAGUAGAGUUGAAGGAACUGCAAUUGGAAUCGAUCUUGGAACAACAUACUCUUGUGUGGCAGCCUGGUUUGAUAAGCACAAUUGUGUUGAGAUCAUUCCUAAUCAACAAGGUAACAAAAUUACUCCUUCAUGUGUUGCUUGGGAUGGCACUCAAAUGCUAGUAGGUGAAGCUGCAAAAAAUCAAAUCACCAGGAACCCUAAGAACACUGUUUUUGAUGUUAAACGUUUAAUGGGAGCUAGAUUCUGUGACGGUAUAGUGCAGAAAGACAUUGAUACACGGCCUUUCAAGGUUAUUGAAGGGUGUGAAGGGAAGCUUGUUAUUGUAUUUGAACAUGAGUCAUCAGAACAGAAGUUUUCACCAGAAGAAAUUUCUUCAGUGAUUCUAAGAAAUUUGAAGGAAGCUGCUGAAGCAUACUUAGGAACAACAGUUACUGAUGCAGUCAUAACUGUUCCUGCAUAUUUUAAUGAUAAGCAACGCCAGGCAACUAUGGAUGCUGGUGUGUUAGCGGGCCUUAAUGUCAUGCGUUUGAUCAAUGAGCCAACAUCAGCAGCAAUCGCCUACGGUCUAGACAAGAGUGCGGAUAUAAAUUGUCCUGAAGAGAAAAAUGUGUUGAUAUUUGAUUUGGGUGGAGGAACCUUUGAUGUGUCUCUUCUCAAGAUCGCCAAGGAGGGUACCAUUACUGUUAAAGCAGUGGGUGGGGAUACUCACCUGGGCGGCGAAACUUUUGACAAGUUGAUGGUUGAUCAUUGUGUGGAAAUCUUUAAAAAGAAAGAAAAGAAAGAUGUGAGUGAGAAUGCAAGAGCAAAGAUGAGGUUGAAAAUCGCUUGUGAAAAAGCCAAGAGGGAUUUGUCAUCGACAGUACAAAUGCCGAUUGAAAUUGAUUGCUUGUACGAGGGAAUUGAUUUCUCAACGAAAUUAAGCAGAGCAAAAUUCGAUGAGAUUAAUGCUGGUUUCUUUAACAUGUGCAUUAAACAUGUGGAAAAUUGCUUGAGAGACGGAGAUAUGCAAAAGAGCGAUGUUGAUGACGUGGUUAUUGUCGGUGGGUCGACAAGGAUUCCCAAGUUGCAACAAAUGCUGAUCGAGUUUUUUGACGGGAAACCACUGUGCAAGAGCAUUAAUGCGGAUGAAGCUAUCGCUUACGGUGCUGCAGUGUUGGCUGCAAACUUAAGUGGUUAUGGAAACAAAAAGGUGAAGGAUUUUGUGCUAUUAGAUGUGACACCUCUUUCUCUUGGCAUCCAUGUUGGUCUCGUAGGGGAAAUGGGUGUUGUGAUACCUAGGAACACACCAAUACCCACCAUCAAGGAGAGGGUUUAUGCUACUGCUGUGGACAACCAAGUAGCUGCAAGAUUUGAUGUAUAUCAGGGCGAGGGCAAGUAUGUCAAAGAGAACAUAUUUCUUGGCACGUUUACUCUUCGCGAAGUUCCACCAGCCCCUAUAGGUAAACAAAAGUUCAAAGUUUUCUUUAACAUUGAUGCUAAUGGAAUUCUCAAUGUUUCAGCCGAGGUAAUAUCCACCGGUCAUAAACGAAGUAUCACAAUUGCCAAGGAGGUGGUGAAAAAGAUUAAGAAAUGA